AACGAUUAACGAAUAGAUAUUGCCGGGAGAGAACAGAGAAACACAGCAUCAUCCAAUGGCCGCGCUGGGCGUCGUGUCCGUGAGCUCCAUCCUCGGCGUUGGCCGGAGAGCAAGCUCUAGUAACUCCAAGAGUUUAAGGAUAUCGUGCAUCGGAUGGGACCCGGAGGGCAUCCUUGGUCCGCCAAAGGGUGGGCAUAUCGCCCGUCUUGAAUUCAAGAAGAGUCUUGAGAAGGACGCGGAUGCUAGGGAGUCUUUCAACCGCCAGGUUCGGGAGGAGCGGGAGCGGCGUCGGGCACGCCGGGAGGAAAGAGUGGUGCCCGAAACUAAUGAAGGGCUGGUGGAGUACUUUCUUGAUACUGAAGCUCGGGAGCUCGAGUUUGAAAUCGCGAAGUUGAGACCUCGAUUAAAUGAAGAAUUUUUUGAUCACCUGCGACUUGAGCUUGGGCAAAUACGCUUUGCGGUGUCUAGAACAAAGGAGAUGGAAGACAGACUGAUUGAGUUGGAAGCAAUGCAAAAGGUUUUAUUGGAGGGAGCAGAAGCAUACGACAAAAUGCAGGAAGACCUUGUAUUAGUGAAGGGACGACUCAUGAAAAUAUUGCAGUCCAAAGAUAGGAAAUCAACUUUGCUUGAGAUGGUUGAGCGGAAUGAGCUGAAUAGAUCAGUACUGGCUCUUCUUGAUGAAAACAUAGCAAGUGCAGUCAAAAGCAAUCAGCAAGAAGCAGUAGCUUUCAUGGAGAGUGUCCGUGCUUCAAUUCUGAAAUACAUGACAAUAUAAUGUUUUGAUAAUCCAAGCAACCUCAGUGGCUGAGGAGGCGGAAUUAAUGAAAGAAAAUGACAGUUUGAAUGAAAGAUGAGGGAUAGUGAACAUCAAGUAGCAUUAAUUAUGUGGUCUUCCAACACUGUGAGACAAAAUAAAAUUAUUAUUAUUAUUAUUAUUAUUUUGCAUGUACCUUUUA